UGCUCGGUUCAGCCUGUAGUCACCGGACUCAUUUGACAGACGGACACUAACAAAGUAUUUAGAAGCUAGCUGCGCCUAACAGCCACUAACUAAUCCCUUUAGAGCCCGGUCGCCGCUCAGUAGCAUGCAAAAUAUGUUAACCAUCAUCUCUAACGCUCUUUGUCGGAUCACUGGCAAGAAUGUGGGAGCCCAAACAGUGUCUGAGUUGCUGAUUGACCUGUCAGAGUACGUCAGUCUAACCUCGCCAGCGGCGCCCGCCUUGGCACAGACCCAGCGGCAACCACCUAAACCACCACCAGUCAGUACUAGAGCAUCUGUCGCACAGUUAGUUAGCCCCCAGGCUGACCCGCUAGACACACCAGGUGCCAGAGUUGUGGUCUCCCGUUCUUUUGCUGACUUCACCCCUCAGGCGACCUUUGACAUCAAAAAAUGCGACCUGCACCGUCUGGAGGAGGGCCCUCCGUUGAAGGCGGAGCUGACUCGGGAGCAGGGUCUGCAGUAUUACCGCACCAUGCAGACUGUGAGACGCAUGGAGCUGAAAGCCGACCAGCUGUACAAACAGAAGAUCAUCAGAGGCUUCUGUCACCUGUACGACGGACAGGAAGCGUGUGCUGCAGGCAUCGAGGCAUCCAUCAACCCCUCUGACCACCUGAUCACGGCUUACCGCGCCCACGGAUACACCUACACCCGCGGCGUCGCCGUUAAAGAGAUCCUGGCAGAGCUCACAGGUCGUAAAGGCGGCGUGGCCAAAGGCAAAGGAGGUUCUAUGCACAUGUACGCCCCACAUUUCUAUGGAGGCAACGGCAUCGUGGGAGCACAGGUUCCUCUGGGAGCCGGCAUCGCUCUGGCCUGCCAGUACCAAGGCAACAAUCAGAUCUGCGUCACGCUCUACGGAGACGGAGCAGCCAAUCAGGGUCAGCUCUUCGAGUCGUUCAACAUGGCCGCCUUGUGGAAGCUGCCGUGUAUCUUCAUCUGUGAGAACAACAAGUACGGCAUGGGGACGUCGGUGGAGAGAGCGUCGGCCAGCACCGACUACUACAAGAGAGGAGACUUCAUUCCAGGAAUCAGAGUUGAUGGGAUGGAUGUUCUGUGUGUCAGAGAGGCCACUCAGUUCGCUGCAGAUCACUGCAGAUCUGGAAAGGGUCCCAUUAUAAUGGAGCUGCAGACCUACCGCUACCACGGACACAGCAUGAGUGACCCUGGGGUCAGCUACCGCACUCGUGAGGAGAUCCAGGAGGUUCGCAGCAAGAGUGACCCCAUCUCCAUGCUGAAAGAGCGCAUGCUCAGCAACAACAUGGCGUCUCCUGAGGAGUUCAAGGAAAUUGACGUGGAGAUCCGAAAGGAGGUGGAGGACGCGGCUCAGUAUGCCACGUCAGAUCCAGAGCCGCCGCUGGAGGAGCUGUGCAACCACAUCUUCUACAACAACCCGCCGCUGGAGGUCCGCGGGACCAACCCCUGGUCCAAACUGAAGUCUGUCAGCUAGACUCCCACCUCACACACCUGGGGGAAAAAAAAAAACCGCACACACACCCACCCUCUAACCCUCGAAGGUAAACUAAACAAAGCCCCGUCACUGCUCCAGAAACACUCAGCACCUGUGUCCUCGACUUUAGAUCUCAGCAUUCCGCACCUUAAUGGGACUCAGCUUUGACCUGAAACCAGCCAGUGUUAUUUAUUUAUAGUUUUAUAUAGAAAUAUUUAAGAUUUUAUCAUUCGUCUGUAUGUUUAUCCUGCUCGAUCCUGCCGUUCACCUGACCGGUCGUCAACCCACAGAUGAGCCAGUGCGCUGUGUGUACUCUAAAGGUGGCUCUACAGGUGUUGAACUCUGCAGGGCCAAACAAUAUACGCACAAAAGUUAAGUUCUGCUUUUUAAACUUUAUUUCCCCAGUCUGUCAGAGAAUUCCUCCAUUUUUCUCCAGCGUUUUCAGGUGUUAUUAAGCUUUUAAAUGUUGAGAAAAAGUGGGAAGAAGCUGUCUGAAACACAGACAGUGUUUGAGUUGAAAGCAUUUAUCAUGUGAUAUGAAUUUUAAGACGAUUAAUCUAUCAGGUCUUUUCCAUAUGUGAAGAUGCACUUAAAGCCCAGAGCUGAUAAUGUUACACUAUAUUAUGGGAAAAUGUGAAAGUGGAGCAGAAGCGAGUGGAUUUUCUGUUUCUUUACAAACAAAAGUUGGACUCUCACAGAUGUGAAGCUUUACUCGACAGUUUGUGUGUAUGUUGAACUGAGAGUGUAAAGCGUGUUCGGCUGUAAAUAAAACGCAUAAAGAGAGAAAUA